AUGUCCAAAGUCCAGAACAAGAAUGUGACCGAUGUUGAGGAGAAGGGUCACUGUGACCAUCUUGAGAAACAUGACACUCAGAUCUUCUCUUCGGUCGAUGAGACCGGCACCCAUAAGAAGGUUGAUCCGGUGGAGAUCAAGCUUGUGAAGAAGCUUGACUGGAUCAUUCUUCCUAUGUUGUGGAUCAUGUACUGGUUCAACUACCUCGACCGCAAUGCCAUCACCGUUGCGAGAUUGGACGGUCUUGAAGAAGAGCUCAAUCUCAGUUCUACAGAGUACCAAACUUGUGUGUCGAUCCUGUUUGUGGGAUACAUCCUUGGUCAAAUUCCGUCCAACAUGCUCAUGACACGGAUUCGACCUUCGCUUUAUAUGUCCGGCGCCAUGGCACUUUGGGCCGUGGUCAGUACCCUUACAGCCAUAUGCCACGACUUCAAGGGCCUCGUCCUGACACGAUUCUUCCUCGGCGUCACCGAAGCACCUUUCUACCCAGGCGCCCUCUACGUUCUGUCGAUUUUCUAUACCAAGAAGGAGAUUGCAACGCGAAUUUCUAUCCUCUUCACUGCCAAUAUCUGUGGAACUGCCUUUGCAGGACUCAUCGCUAUUGGUGUGUUUGAGAUGAGUGGCGUCGCAGGGCUUGCUGGUUGGAGAUGGCUCUUCAUCCUUCAGGGCAUCAUCACUUUUGUCAUCUCCAUUGGCUCAGCAUUCAUCUUGCCCGAUGAGCCUGGAAAUACAAAGUGGUUGACUGAGGAGGAACGGCAGCUGGCCCACGAUCGAAUCGCCGCGGAUACAGUCCAGAUUCGAACCAACACAACUACUUGGGCUGGUCUUCUCGACGCAUGCAAGGAUCCUCGCCUUUGGGUCCUUGUAUUUAUGCAACACUUCCACAUGGCUGCCAGUAACUUCAAGAAUUUCUUCCCUACUAUUGUUGGAACUCUCGGCUUCGAUCGCAACACUACUCUUGCUCUUACUUGCCCACCCUACAUUGUUUCGGGCAUUGUGUGCAUAGCAUGGGCAGCGAACUCUGGUCGAAUGAACGAAAGAACUUGGCACAUCACUGUUGCCAAAAUCAUGGCCGUCAUUGGCUUUGUACUAGCAUGUACCGUUCACAAUACAGGUGCCCGCUACUUCGCCAUGUGCGUUUUCGCCAGUGGAGUCUACGCUUGCAACAGUGUUAUUCUUGGUUGGGUCGCUAGUACUUGUGGUCAAACCAAGGAGAAGAAGGCCAUCUCCCUUGCCAUGGCAAAUACCAUUGCCACACUAGGACCUAUUUACACCCCAUACCUUUGGCCAAGCUCUGAUGAGCCCAUGUAUCCUGUCGCUAUGUCAAGCAGCGCUGCGUUCUCAGCUGCCUCGGCUGUCCUGGCUUGGGUGCUGCGUUGGAUGCUAAUUCGGGAGAACCGCAAGAUCCGAGCGUCGAACAACGAGGAGAGACUAUUUUACGCGUACUGA